UCACUCAUAGACAUUUCUUCCACCUCAAAUAUUUUACCUAAUUUGCUACAUAUUCUUCUCACACAACAAAAUAACAUUUCAUUCUUGGGGUGUAUGACUCAAAUGUAUGUUUUUGUCUCUUUGGCUGCCAGUGAGUACUUUCUCCUGACGGCCAUGGCAUAUGAUCGUUAUGUUGCCAUCUGUGAUCCCCUUCAUUACAUUGCCCGAAUGAGCAGGAAACACUGUGCUGGGCUUAUAACUGCAGCAUUCACUGUUGGUCUUUUGGUUCCAACUGGACAUGUUGUCCUUAUAUCUAAAUUAUCAUACUGUGGUUCCCACGUCAUUGAGCAUUUCUUCUGUGACAUCAUUCCAUUACUUAAACUUUCCUGCAGUGACACCUUUAAUGUGGAGCUAUUAACAUAUAUUGAAGGGACGCUGGUGGCUUCCAGUUGUUUUCUAUUUACUUUGAUCUCAUACGUUUGUAUCAUCUCUUCUAUCCUGAAAAUACAGUCUUUGGAGGGAAGAAAAAAAGCUUUCUCUACCUGUGCAUCACAUUUGACCUCUGUGAUCAUUUUUUAUGGGACUCUGAUCUCUGUGUAUGUCAGACCCACCACAAGCUAUUGUCCAAAUAGAGACACAUUUUUUGCCCUUUUGUACAUUGUACUGAUCCCUCUGCUGAAUCCUCUGAUUUACACACUGAAGAAUAGAGAAUUUCAAUCAGCUCUUAUUAAACUAUAUUCAGAUGGAAGGAUGGGUCUUCACGAUGUGGAAGGAUCAAGGGGGAGGUACUACUACUCCAGGUACCACUUCUACCAUAAUCACCUCUACAAUGACCAGCAGCGCAUCUGCAGAGGUUUCCAGUACGGUAACUCCAAAUCCACCAGAAAACAGUGA